GGGAGAACCCAGCGUGCCCGGCCGGGCCCCCUCCCCGGCGGGGAAGCCGGGGGCGAGCCUGCCGGUGCGCUCGGUGCGGCGCCGGGCGCCCGCCCUGCUGACUCACGCCGGGCCUCCGCCCGGCGUGCUCGGAUCCGAGAAUGUCUUGAUACAAAGGCGGAAAAGACUCCUCCGGAAUCGGUGUCCUCGCCGUCUUUUCGUCCUUGGAGCCCGCAGCCGGCAGGGCCGCCCCUGGGCGACGCGGCGGGCGCGUUCGCGGGGACCGCUCCCGCGGCCGGGCGCUGCGGUGUGACGGGCGGCCGGCCGCGCGGCUGCGAAGAGCCAUUGCUGCCGCAGGGAGCCGGCCACCGCGCCGCCGCCGUCCGCGCCGCCCCCGGUCCCCAUGGUGACGGCGCCCGCUUCCCGGCCGCGCCGCGUCCCCGGCUGUCGCCGCGGAAGGCGGGCGCGCCUCGGCUCCGGCCCUGGCAGCCGCCUGCCCGGGGCGCGCUGAGAGCGGGCUCCGCUCGGCCGCCACGCGUCCCCUCCCGGCGCGGGGGCCGUGCCCACCGCGGCGGCCGCCGGCUGCAGCCCUGCAAUCUGUUGAUCGCCGGCCGGCCAGCGGCCCUCUCGGAAGGGGAGGAAGCUCUGCCCAGCUCAGGGCGCCCGCCGCGUCUCGCCAGCCGUGGGAAGCGCCCUGCCGGGGCCUCUCCAGCCGCUCCUGCCGAAAUAGAUGGGUGAGCCUCGAGACCCCCACUCGCCCCGUCACGGUCACCCCGAGGUCCCUCCCCCGGGAGUGGGAGCCCAGGGCCACCGUGUGGGACUUUGACCUUCCGGACGGCCAUGGAGGCUGGCGGGGAGCAAGGCGCCACGUAACCACCCAGCUGGCGACCCCACCUCCACGGUGCCACUCUUCAGUGACUCCCAGUGCUCAUGGGUCCAGCUCCUGGGGAGCCGGGGAGGCCCAGCCUGGGCAACCCCCGCCUGCAGUGGAAGAUCCAAGCCACUUGUCCUGUUGGGGUCCCGGUGACCACUUCCUGUUCCCACGAUUUGAAGGCUGUGCUGUCCCUGCCCCAGUACCCAGGGGAGUUCCUGCACCCCGUGGUGUACGCGUGCACCGCGGUCAUGCUGUUGUGCCUCUGCGCCUCCGUCCUCACCUACAUCCUGCACCAGAGUGAGAUCCGGAUCAGCCGGAGAGCCCGGCACGCACUGCUGAACUUCUGCUUCCACACGGCCCUGACCUUCACCGUGUUCGCUGGCGGCAUCAACCGCACCAAGCACCCGGUCCUGUGCCAGGCGGUGGGCAUCGCGCUGCACUAUUCCACGCUGUCCAGCUCGCUGUGGAUCCUAGUGACCGCGAGGGACAUCUACAAGCAGGUGAACAAGAAGGCCCCACCGUGCCCCGGCGCAGACCGGCCGGACGCCCAGCAGCCCCUGCUCAGGUUCUACCUCCUCAGUGGGGGGGUCCCUUUCAUCAUCUGCGGGGUCACAGCCGCCACCAACAUUGGGAACUACGGGACGGAGGACGGGGACGCAGCCUACUGCUGGAUGGCCUGGACACCCAGCCUGGGCGCGUUCUACGGGCCGGCCGCCUGCAUCACGCUGCUCACCUGCGUGUACUUCCUGGGCACCUACGUGCAGCUGCGGCGCCACCCGGAGCGCAGGUACGAGCUCCGCGAGCGCACGGAGGAACGGCAGCGCCUGGCGGCGCCCGAGUGCGGCCUGGGCCACGGGGCACCCACGACGCCGCCCGCCUGCGAGGCCCCCGCGCCCUCGCAGCUGCAGAAUGAGCACUCGUUCCGGGCCCAGCUGCGGGCCGCCGCCUUCACGCUGCUCCUGUUCGAUGCCACGUGGGCCUUCGGGGCGCUGGCCGUGUCCCAGGGCCCUUUCCUGGACAUGGUCUUCAGCUGCCUGUACGGCGCCUGCUGCGUGACGCUGGGGCUCUUCGUGCUCAUCCACCACUGCGCCAAGCGCGAGGACGUGUGGCGCUGCUGGUGGUCGUGCCGCCCCGCGCGCGGCGCGCUCCGCAAGGGCCCUGCGCUCGACGCCAACGGGGACGCGCUCGGGCCCGCCGCCUGCCUGCAGGACUCGCCGCACCCCGGCCAGCCCCGGGCCUUCGGCCACUGCAAGAUGACCAACCUGCAGACCGCCCAGGCCCACGCCCGCUGCCUGUCGCCCGCCACCCCCUGCUGCGCCAAGACGCACUGCGCGCCGGCGGAGGAGGAGCCGGGGUUGUGCGAGGACGCCGCCUGUGCGCACGGCCCGCACCUGCACCGGUGCCUGCCGGCCAGCGCCGAACCUCUCUACUUCGGCGGGCGCGAGUACGCCUACCACCUCCCAUCCAGCCUGGACGGCAGCCCCCGCAGCUCCCGCACAGACAGCGCCCCCAGCUCGCUGGACGGCCCCGUGGGGGCGCACGCGCUGGCCUGCUGCGACCAGAGCGACCCCUUCGCCAGCGUCGGCGAGCCGGCCGGCGGCGAGACCAGCCCCGGGCUCUAUGGCUGCGCUCUGCGGCCUGGCCGGGAGGCGGCCCUCGGCCCCGCCCAGCUCGAGCUGCUGCGCAGGACGCAGUCCCUGCCCUUCGGCGGCCCCGGCCAGAACGGGCCGCUCCAGGGCGACGCUUGCGCGGCGCUGCCGUUUGGCACCGACGGUACUGGCAACAUCCGGACAGGGCCCUGGAGGAACGAGACCACCGUGUAGGGGCGGGGGCGGCGGGGCCCGUGGGGUCGCUGAGCUUCUCAGAAGCUGUCCACGCCACCCCCUUCCAGAGAGACCCCGGUGAGUGGGCUCCAAGCCCCGCCAGUCCCACUGCAUCCGCCCGCAGGGUGCCCAGAGGUGUUUGCGUGGGCAGCCGCCAAGGCCGCGGUGCAGGGCAGCCCAGAGCCAGUGACGGCAGUGAGGAAGCCACCCUAGGACCCCAGCGUGGCCAAGGCCGCGGGGCCCCCGUAGGGCCCAGCUCUGCCCUCUCCUCAUGUUGUGUGUGUGUGUGUGUCCUGUUCUGCUCCAGGGGCGGCGCAGCGGUCCGGAGGCCACAGCCGCCUCCCUCGCUGCAGCUAGGUGCACCCACAGCGCCCCGGGCCCACUGUCAGCGCUGUCCCAGGCACAGCCCCGGCCAUGUGGCCCUGAGACCACGGGGAUGCUGUGGGGCCAGGCAGCGAUCUGGAAGGACCUCCAGGGCAGGGGCCGCUGGGCCGUGGGCAGCUGGACAGAGACGUUCCCUGGAUGGGGCCUGACCUGUGCCCCUCUGUGCGCUGCGGGAAGCCCAGGAGCCUCCUGCGACAGCCGAGGCCUGGGGUCAGACUGGCACAGCCCCUCCUCCACAUGCUCAGUCUGCCACCUGCUCACAGGUACAUGUGCACAACACACGUGCCUCGUACACACAGCACCCCGAGCUCCAGGUCGUACUCUGCAGAGCCCUGUCCAUGCCCAUGUCUGUGUCCCCGUCGGCCGGGGUCUCCCCGUGUGCUCUGCCCACCGGGAGGGCCGUGGGGCUCCCCCUGGCUGCAAGGGCAGAGUUGCCCGGGCCAGGCCCAGCGUCAGGACAAGCAGCCCUGCUUCCGCCAGUGACCUGGUAACUCACCUCCUUCCGCCCGCCGUGAGCUCCUCGUGUCCUCCUGAUAGUCGGCCAGGCCUCGGCCCCUGCCUCCCCGCCCUGCAGCUUCUGUGGCUGCACAGACCAGGCCCUGAGCCACGCUGAGCCCACACUGUAGACACAGAGCCCUCCCAGUGAAAAUACAGGAUUUUGCACUGUU